AUAUCUACAGGAUGUCAAAUCGGUGGACAUUUGUGCAUCUCUUGGAUAUCCCUUAAAUAUUUUAGACGAUCCACUGAUAUCUAACGAUAUUGUGAUAUCUCAAAAUGACAUCCCAGGGACAUCUCUAAGAUAAAGUGUGCUGUGUGGGAAUCUUUUUUUCUAUUUUCUAGGCUUUUAAUGUUAUAGUUUGAAUUGUACGAUAUUAUUGUUCGUAUAAAUUAAUUGUACUCUUUUUAAUCGCUAGACCAAUAUAUUUUCCUUAAUAUCUUUUCUCUUGUUUUACAUAUUAUUUACUUCAAUAAAAUGUAUACGUUACUGCAAGAUAAAUCAAAGCGAUAGAAUGUGUACUACUGCGCAUGCUUCAAAUGUCUCGAUUUAUGAACACAAGUAAAAGAUCGUUUAAUCAAGAAUGGACGGCUCGAAACGGAGCAAGCAGCCCCUGCUGUACCCGUUAGUAAACGCCAUCUUUAUGUGGCAAGUUGCUUGGUAGAAACUUUUACUCUGAAUGAGAUGAGGAAGCAGCACGUGCAGCUCGACUGAUUUAUAUGCUCAAACGUAAACAUGUUUACGUUAAGAAAGUACAAAACUAAAAAAUUGUGUCCUUCCUGCUAUAAGUGGCUUUGUCAAUGUCUAGUAACACAAAAAAAGAAACCACACUUUCCAUUCAACAGCGGAACAAAGCUAGAUAACAAAUUAGGCUUGCAUCCCAAAUUAAAGGCAUUUGCACCAGUGUCACCAGCUGUGGGUUCUUAUGAUCCUCGACCGAUCGAUUGUAAAUCCAUAAUUAGUUGGCGAAAGCAACAAGAAGCGGAAGAAUUUUCUCGUAUAAUUAGUAGCAAAUUGAUAAAGGAAAUUAUAGAUCAGAAGAGUUUCAUUAAAAUCGAAUGUGGACCAGGAAGUCAUGAGAUAUCUCGCUGGCCAGAAAGCAUUAUAGAGGCACCUUGUAAGAGUUUGCAAACGAAUGUUGGUUUCGGGACUGUUCCGAGAUUCCGAGAAAGUUAUAAAUUCACUACACCUGGUCCAGGAUACACGCUGAGAACGCAUAAUCCCUUUUUCUACUUGGAACAGAGAAGGCAAAAAGGUUUUUCUGAUAUACCUACGUUCGAGUUCGACAAUUUAGCACCCAGAUUCCGAGAAACUACAAGAACAUGGUCUCUACCAUGCAAUAGAUAUAACGUGAAACAUCCAAAUUCACUACAAGUUUUCCUCGAUAAAGUUAUUAGCAAGAGAGGACCUUACGAUCUUUUCACAGGACCGAGAGAUGAGACUACCAUUAAAAGAUACUGGACUCGUACAAAAUUAAAAGAGCAAGAUAAUUGGCCACAAACAUUACCUGGUGAAAUAGAGAAGCUUUCGAACAAAUGCAAUUAUUUUAAAGGAAAAUGGUCUACCUGUCCUAGAUUUACGAAGAAACCGGUUUCGAGGAUGAUGUUACAAGACAUCGGCACAUGUUAUAAGGAUCCUCAUGAGCCGGGACCUGGUCAUUACAAUCCUCGGACGCCGCGAAAACCGAGUACACUCAAAAGAUAUCCCUUCGAUAGCAAUAUAGAAUAUGUACGGCCCAUUCCGUCAAGUGACAUUCGUCCUGGACCAGGAAGAUACAAAAUUAAACACAAAUAUCGUGUGAAAGGAGAUGGAUGGACAUGCGUUUUUAAGAGCAAAGUACCCAAGAUCAACUUCAUUGCUUCAUUAGCAUAAUGACUGUUAAUUUUUGCGAGCAUUGUAAUACGAAAAAUACAAGCAUGCUACCAAC